GUGGCCAAAAGGGUGGAGGCGGGAUGUGGGGACUCCCAUGAAAGGAACCUGAGGGCCACCCCCAGGCCAUGAGAAAAGGAGGGGCUCGGCUCUUGCUUGGAAAGGAUAAACUUCGGAACGCUUGGGAAUGGGGCCGGGAACACGCGGAGACCUGCGCGGCUUACGUGAAGAUGAGCAGCUCAGAGGAGGUGUCCUGGAUUUCCUGGUUCUGUGGACUUCGUGGCAAUGAAUUCUUCUGUGAAGUGGAUGAAGAUUAUAUCCAGGACAAAUUCAAUCUCACUGGACUCAAUGAGCAGGUGCCUCACUAUCGACAAGCUUUAGACAUGAUCUUGGACCUGGAGCCUGAUGAGGAGCUGGAAGACAACCCCAACCAGAGUGACCUGAUUGAGCAGGCAGCUGAAAUGCUCUAUGGAUUGAUCCACGCCCGCUAUAUCCUCACCAACCGUGGCAUCGCCCAGAUGUUGGAAAAGUACCAGCAGGGAGACUUUGGCUACUGUCCCCGUGUGUACUGUGAGAACCAGCCAAUGCUUCCCAUCGGCCUUUCGGACAUCCCAGGUGAGGCCAUGGUGAAGCUCUACUGCCCCAAGUGCAUGGACGUGUACACACCCAAGUCAUCGAGGCACCACCACACGGAUGGCGCCUACUUCGGCACCGGUUUCCCUCACAUGCUCUUCAUGGUGCACCCCGAGUACCGGCCCAAGAGGCCCGCCAACCAGUUUGUGCCCAGGCUCUACGGUUUCAAGAUCCAUCCGAUGGCCUACCAGCUGCAGCUCCAAGCGGCCAGCAACUUCAAGAGUCCAGUCAAGACGAUUCGCUGAUUCCCCACCCCACCUGUCCCCAGUCUUUGACACUUUCAUUCCUUUGCUGCCACCCUUUCAUGAACCCUCUAUGGUUUUUAGUUUAAAUUAAAGGAGUCAUUAUUGUGGUGGGAAUAUGAAAUAAAGUGGAAGAAAAGGCCGU